AUGGUGCUAACUGUUAUCCUCUUUGGUAACGAGCUCAUAACAAGCUCGCUUGUUGCCGUUGCUUUCACGUCACUGGUCAUCAGCGAGCUGCUCAAUGUUGCUUCGGAGGUCCAUCCGAAUUGGCAUCCUCUAAUGAUAGUAGCGGAGCUGUUGAGCAUCGUGAUAUAUGUAUACUCCAUAUUCAUACUGCGCUCCAACUUCGACCUGGAUACCAUUUUCUCCAUUGAUUUCUUGUGGAAGGUGGCAGUUAUAACAGCCGUGAGCUGGAUACCG